AUGAAGCCGAGUGAGGAACACUAUGGUUGCCUAGUGAAGCUCCUUGCUAACGAUGGCCAGUUAGAUGAAGCUCUUAGGAUUGUCUUGAAAAUGCCUAGUCCUCCAGAUGCACACAUAUUAGGAUCUCUGCUUGCCGCAUGUGGACAGAACCAUGAGACUGAACUUGCAGAUUAUAUAGCAAAAUGGUUAUUGAAACUAGAGCCAAAUAAUCCUGGGAAUUAUGUAGCUCUUUCGAAUGUGUAUGCAACUCUAGGAAAAUGGGAAAAAGUAUCAAACAUAAGGGGUUUCAUGAAAGAAAAAGGCCUAAAAAAGAUUCCUGGAUGUAGCUGGAUUGAAGUUGGACAAGAACUUCAUGUAUUUAUUGCUAGCGACAAAUCACAUCCUGAAAAAGAGGAGAUUUAUAUGAUACUGGAUUUGUUGGGAUUUGAAAUGUAUCAUGCAAAUAUAACCCUUUGUACAGUUCCAAUUGUAAUACAAGAGACCUAA